GGGGGUUCCUCCUGUGCACAGAAACCCUCCCACAGCGUGAUGUUUUCUCUGCCGCACUCUGGGCUGGUUUCUAUUCAAAUGUGGGUCAGGGGUGAGGAAGCCUAACGUCCACCGUGUUGGUUUGCAAACCGCCAAUAAACUCGACAGGAGGAGAAGAAGAAGAAGAAGAAGAAGAAGAAGAAGACGACGAAGAAGAAGCCUAACGUCAUAAGCUUUCAACAUGGCGUCCCGAAGGCUGUGAGAUGAGCAGGAGGAUGGCAGCGAACGCUUGAGAACGGUCCUACCGAUGCAUUAAGGUUCAGGCGUUACAUGUGUAGGAAGAGAGAGAAGUUACGAAGGAAGGUGGAAAUGGAACUGCCAAAUCAUGCCAAACAACUGCUGUUGCAACUCAACCAGCAGAGAGCCAAGGGCUUCCUGUGUGAUGUCAUCAUUGUGGUGGAAAAUGCACUCUUCCGUGCUCACAAGAAUAUCCUGGCAGCUAGCAGCAUUUACUUCAAGUCUUUAGUCCUCCAUGAUAACCUUAUUAACCUCGACACAGAGAUGGUUAACCCCUCUGUAUUCAGACAAAUACUGGACUUCAUCUAUACUGGGAAGCUCCUGUCUUCAUCAGACCAGAGCAGUGAUCAGAACUUCAGUGCCCUCUUAACUGCAGCUAGCUACCUCCAGCUUCAUGACCUUGCUGCUCUGUGCAGAAAGAAGCUCAAGCGCAGUGGUAGUAAACCCCUGCCUCGUAAACCCUCCACUCCAGGUCCCCUCAGCCGCCUACGCCUCAACAACCAGCGCCUUUCUUCUUCUACACCUGCUGUCCCCAACAACCACUAUCCUCCUACCCCUUCUGAUGCUGACCAGCCACAGCCAGAUGAAGGCCUUCGGGACAAACUUUCAGAUGACGAGAUGUUUGUUGGAACCUCUGCAAAGCCUGGGAAUGGGGGCAAUGGCAGCAGCAAUGGAAACCUUAGCAGUGGUGGAAGUGCUGGGGAGCCAGAUUUUGGACUAGAUCUGUCCAAGAAGAGCCCUCCCUCGGCAGGCACUGCCACUGAAGCCCUCAGCCCACACAGCAACUCUCAAGAGUCCCCUCAGUCUGCCUCAGUAUCCACAACCAACAGUGCCUCACUGGAUGACUCCUGCACCACCUUACCAGGUGUAGACACCUGUGUCUCAGAGCCCAUGGAGAUCAACCCCUCCUCCAAAGCCACUGAAGAAACUCAGAACCAGCAUGAUGGCCCUCCACCCCAGAAGAAAACCCGUCAAGGUUCUCGCAAGAAUGAAUGGCCUAAGAGAGAAACAUCAGGGUUGAAGUCUGAAGAUCAUGACCGUCCCCUAGUUAAUGGUGUGAUAGUAGGUCCAAAAGAAAGCCGCUCAUCUAGUGGUGGGGUCAACAAAUUUGCCUCUGAGCAGUCUUUACAAUGUAAAGAAGAGGAUGAAGGAGGAGAGAAUGGCCAGGACCACAGUGAAGAGAGUGGCCAAAGUGAUGGAGAGAAUGGAGGAGGUAGAGGGGGCACAAGAGGGGGACGUCAAAAUACCAAUUAUGUGUAUCGCCAGGAAGGUUUUGAGCCUGCAUUUGGGGACAACCUCUAUGUGUGCAUUCCCUGUGGUAAGGGCUUCCCCAGCUCUGAGCAGCUCAACGCUCAUGUGGAGACUCACACUGAGGAUGAGCUCUACAUCAAAGAGGAGGGCAGCAACUUUGUCAAAGAAGAAGAUGAGGAGGAGGCAGAGGAUCUAUCAACUCCAGUGGGUCCCUCCAGCUUUGGGUCUGAAAUGCGCCCAUAUAAGUGUACAGUCUGCAGUAAGAGUUACAAAGACCCUGCAACCCUAAGACAACAUGAAAAGAGCCACUGGUUGACCAGGCCCUUUCCCUGCAACAUCUGUGGCAAAAUGUUCACCCAGAGGGGCACCAUGACACGUCACAUGCGCAGCCACCUUGGCCUCAAGCCGUUUGCAUGUGAAGAGUGCGGCAUGCGUUUCACACGUCAGUACCGCCUGACGGAGCAUAUGCGUGUCCACUCUGGGGAGAAACCGUAUGAAUGCCAACUAUGUGGCGGGAAGUUCACCCAGCAGCGCAACCUCAUCAGUCACCUGAGAAUGCACACCUCACCCUCUUAGAAAUGCAUCAAGCCAAAGAACUCUGGGAAAAGAAAUACAUCCCCCCCCACCCAAAUUUCUCUACCUUUUUCCAUCUCAAAAGCAAAGAAUCGCACAUGUACACAUUGACAAGCAGACAAAUGGUUCCAUGUGCAUUCCAGUUCAUGGCGCCUAGGCUAAAUGAAUGAUGUAGCCGUUAGCCGUAGCUGGUGCUUUGUAACGGUUGGACCUUGCUGAUGAAAGGAUUGGUUUUAUUUAUAUCAGAUGAUGUCUGCUCACCUCUCAGGAGUUCUAGAGGGACAUUUUACUCCGCUGUCUCUCUCCAAAGUCACAAAGCCAUGGUGGAGCGACAUGAGUACUGGUCAAUGUCUGUAAAAUGUGAAUGUGAGUACUGAUGUAAUGUCAGACCCUCUCACCUCAUACUCUUCAGUUGCCUUCCUCUCUACUACUUUUUGAGCAUUUGAUUGUUUUCCAAACAUAUACGUUAAGAAUCCCCUUUGUAGUCCAGUGCUAUAUUGACCAAAAACCAAUGCAAACGAUACUGGCAAUAAAUCCGCUAAAGAUUAUUUUUACCCAUACAGCUUUAUGUCCUUUAGAAUAUUGACGAUGGGGAUCUUGACGUAUGAGGAAAGGUAACUGGGGUUUGGAACCAUUUUCUCACUUUAUCUGCAAGUCCCGAAAGAAGGUUCCAGGUGGGAUGACUUUGGAUCAAAUUUGACUUAUUACAAACAACAAAUACUUAGAGCUCUCUUUACAGCUGGGUACAGUAGUACCAAGAGGAUAUUUGUUGGUUUUGCCUGCUAUUGUUGCCAGGGUUGAAUCCUGCUUCAAAAAAUGAACGCUUUGAGGUACCUAAUUGUUUUACUUAAGAAAAAACUUUUACUGUUUCUGUGAAUGUUUUAAACUGGAAGGUCUAGGAUUGUUUCUUGUGUAGGAGAGGGGUUUUGGAUUGUAUUGGGUGGUAUUUUUCUUGGCUAAGGAGAGGAUGAUUUAUACUGAACACGCGUUCAGUUGGGUACGUUUUUUUUUUUUGUCUGUGUAGCGUUCCUCCCCUCAGAAAAAAAAGUCUGUUUAUAUAGGCUUAUGACCUAGCUACCUCUGAUUACUCUUACAAACUCUUAUGUUGAUUAGUUGAAAGUUUGUAUGUAAUUAAUUGUAAAAACAAAAUGUGUAGAUGACGGUAACUUUUCACCAAAUGCUUUAACCUGCCCAUCUCUCAACACAGGUUUUUUUUUUUUAAUGCCCAUAGAUGUUACACUUUUACCAUUGUUAGCCAUUUUAUUUUUUAACUUGUCACGUAUAGCUUUUUCGGGUGUGCUGCUCAACGCGCCCCCACCUCAAAAUGUACUGUAGCAUCCUGCCUGGAGUAAAUAGCUGUUAGUCUAGAUGUAUAGUGUUCCAAAGAUCUUUUGAAUGUUGAGAACAAAGCUAACUAACAAACAUUGCUAGACAAGUUCAUAACCAAAGUUUUAAAAAGAUGUACUUAAGAAGAUAUAUAGCAUACUAAAUUAUUUCAGUUUUUCAAUCUUGUUUCUUUGUUUUUUUCCUGUAUAAAAAACAAUUUAUUAAGAAUUAUAUUUUAAGUCCAGACAAAGAAAUCCACUGUUUUGAUGGCAUUUUGGCCAAUGACCGAAGCAGCUUUUUGUGGUUUGCAAGGAAAGCUUGUGCUGAUUGGUGGGCUGGUAUAAUGUAAACUUUAACCAACAAAGAUACAUGGGUAAGGAUGAAAGAUUGUUCCCCUGGCCAUGUUUUUUUUUUUUUUUUUUUUUUUUUUUUUGUAAGUUCCUGUUUGUAUCCAGAGUCUUUAUCACUUUAUGUUCUCUUACUUUAAAAAAAAAAGGACUUGAUUACAUUGUUUUGUUCAGACCAAAAAAAAGAAAAGAAAAAAAGCUAACCGAAAAAGAUAGGAAUUAUAAUCAGAGUUUUAAUGUGAAGUUGAGUGUUAAGUUUGUGUUUUUUUUUUUUUUUUUUUUUUUUUUGAGCCAGACUUGUGAAAACGUAAUAACGGAGAAGUAGAGGUGCACUGGACAGCUGGAGAACGUGAUGUGUUAUGCAGCAUCUUUGUCUUUCUUUUGAGAUUGCUUUCCAUCAUACCACAAAACAGCAUUAAGUUAUUUCAAAGCUUAAAGAAUUACCUCAUCAGAAGUUGGGACUGUUCCCGCUGCAGUUUAAUUGAAGCUUGUCCAAUGUAUGGUCUCUUAAGUUACACUGUGGAACACGAACGUUCACUACAAGUUUUCUAUAUCGGCAUUCCUCUGUACUGUCUUCAUUUGAUUUUUAUUCCUCAUGUCACUGCGUGUGAAAUAUUUGUUCAGAUAUGGAUGCCGCUACUGUUACAAUAUGGUUUUAUAAGGUACCUGCGUCCUGGGCUCCCACACCUGUCACUUGGUUUUUGGUGAAUGUUGUCUUGCCAUUCUAGACAGUUUCUGUUUCGUGGUUGCAUGGUACAUCUAUGAAUUGUUCACACUCCCCCACCACAUGUCAAAUGUGUUAUUUAUCGCCUGAUGUAUUGUUGCUUGUGAACUCUUCUUGCUCGCAGAGGGAGUCCACAGUACUUUGCCUUCAAACAUUAUUGAACUUGUCAGUACUUGGUUGCAGUACAGCAGAAUGUCUGUCAGGCAGUUUUUAUUAUUAUUAUUUUUUUUAUUUUUUUUUGGUACAACAAGACUUCUAGCCAUCACUGCAAAUGUUUUGCAGCCACAUUUGAGUGCUUGCUUGACAUAAAGAAGAAAAUGUACGAACUCCAAACUGUGACCACACUACUAUUACUACUAGUACUACUACUACUAUUCAGAUACUUCAGGGAUAGCUCUGCAUCUGCGAAUGCAGACUCUCAGCUACAUUUGUAAGACAUAGUAUUGUAUCAGCUUUUUUUGUUGUUUCUUUGUACUAUAAUCACAGGAGAAGCAGAACACUAGUUUCAUAUUUAAACAGGGUGGGUGGGUGUCGGGGUGGGCGGGCAAUUUUACAACUAACACAAAGAGCCUUGACAAAGGCGAGGCAGCUCGAAACACGUCAACAUUUUAGUUCAUAAAAACAGUAUGUUCACAAAUUGUUGCAAAGUUGUACAAAGAACUAAGUAGAUUAAAAAAAAAGGAAAAAAAAAAAAAAGCUCAUACCCAAAUCCACAAACUAUUUUUUAAACCAAAGCACAUUUGAAUGAUUAUAGAACCAUAUGUGGCUCUCAAAAAAAAAGGAAAGGAAAUAAUAAACAUGUAUUUAUCUCAUUGUUUACAUAAACUUUUUACAGACCUCAGUCAAGGCUCGGCCAGGCAGAGAGGCGUUUUAUUUUUUUAAAAUGCUUUUCCACAGAGGUUUGCUGCCAAAACAAAGGAGCUGUGUCAAACACGCGGCGUUCUGCUGCAUAUUCAAUUAGGAGGAGGGGUAUGCGCUUUUUGGGGUCCCCCCCUCCUCUGCCAGCUGGCUUUGGGGUGACCCUUCGCCCCGGUCUCCCUGCCCUCUGGCCCGUCUUCAGAUGAGACUGCAGUGAUGGGGGUCGGGCAGCGUGUCUCUGACAUAUUAAUCAAGAGGUAUUGUUCGCCGGUGUCUUCAGCUCAGUGUUGUCUGUGUUUACCCAAAAUGCACUUGAGGACUGCCCGUGUUGUUGGGGUCUCUUAAUACGUAUGAGUGGAUGGACAGUGCUUGAGUGGUACUUGGGGAAAUCUGGAGAAUGUAGCUUUUAACUGCAUGCAGACAGGUUUAUCUUGUAGUCUUAACUGUAAAUGUUUUUUCUGCAUUUCUGAUUUUAAGAUUUUCAUUAUUAUUUUGCUUCCCCACCGCCUGUUCUCUGUGGUUAAAAGCGACAUCUUUGGCUGGCCGGGCCUCAUUUAAAGUUGGUGCAAACACUUGACAGUGUUUUUUUUUUUUUGUUUUUGUUUUUUUUUAAAUAUCAAAUGUCUAUUGUCGGUGAUGAAUGUAUUUAUUUCUGGUCCUGUCCUCACCUCUGCAGAGACUUCGCUCAGUGUGUGAGACUGAGGUGGUGGCAGGACCCACUCUGUUUUUGUUUUUUGGUAAUUUUUCAUUUGGAAAAUUUCAAGCUGAAAAUCAAGACAUAAAACAUAGCCAUUAAAGGGGAAAUUUGACAUUGUUUAAUCUGGGCUCUGUUUUUAGGUGUGAUGUUCAUCAUCUUACUUUGGAGAAAAAUAAAUUUAAAUUGAAUCAGGCUUAAUUUAGAACAGAAACACCGUCAUGAGCUAACCGGCUAUAUAAUGUAAUGGAACCAGGCUAGCUAUAAACAUUUUCUGGGAACUACUACUUGUCAGCACUGAAAAGGUAAAAAUGUUAUCACAAGUGUUUGGUAGGAUUCCAAUAGAGGCAAAUGUGUGCAUGUUUACCUCCCUAAAUGCUUAAAUGGAAAAACAAAAAACCACAAACCUCUCUUGACUGAUUUAUACAAUUAGCUGCUUAGCUUAGCUUCCUAGCCUUAUAGCAGUGCUGCUGCCUGCUGAGGCAUCAUUAUAUAAGUUGGUUACCUUUGAGGAGUGAAAAGUCGACCCUAACAACUUCUAAAAAAAAGAGUGCAGGUUUAAAAAUGUCAAGCCUCCCCUUUAACCAUGGUCUGUUAAGCUGAUUUUUUUUUUUUUUUCUGUCUCUCUUUCCAUCACAGAGACUUUAGCAUCAGCUAAAGCUAGCAUUCUGCAAACUUAAUUUGUGUAAUUCACUGUGGCCAUUUGUGCCCAUGUGUCACUGAGUUCUCGCUAACUGACUGCACACCAAGAGAUGAUGAACUUUAAUUCUUCGUGUGCAUUUGCGGACACGUGGCAAGAUGCUGUGACUUGCCCGUGAAGAAUGGAGGCUACUGUAUUUUUCUAGCCGCUCUGCCUGGGUGUUGCCACGCUUCUGACACCUAAAAAAUACACCACAAACAAGCACAUAAUCAACAAUUUGAGCAUUCUUUUGUUUUUUGGUAUAUUUUGUCUUAAACCACUUUUCCAUCAUGAUUUCAUGUCAGUUUGCUGUAUGCUUGGAGGGUUUUAGAAAUGUGGCGUGAGAUAGCUUUACUAAGUGCACUUUGUAUGUUUUUAUUUUUUAAGCCUUUGGGAGAACCCGGGCACUCUUAUGUCGGUUACCAUUUAACGAGCUGUUUGUUUGUCUUCUUACCUCAUUGAUGUUUCUGCGUGUUUGUUGAGAUAUAUCAUUAUGCAGUGUUACUAAAGCUUUAAAAUGAAUAUACAAUGCAGAACCUGCUGCCGGGAGACUGUACUCAUCUUUUAAGUGUUAAAGCUUUCAUCGUUAUUUUUUUUUUUCCCCCCCCCUUGUUACACUUUCAACAUUGUAGUUACUGUGCCACACUCAUCUCCAGGUGUUUUCGUAUAGUAACGGGGCUGGUCUGUCUAGUUGUUACCUCGGCAGACUGAGUCAAAGCUCACUUUAAAAUGACCUCCUGCUGAAGCUUUACUGUCCCAGGCUUUAUCUCAGACACAUCUGAACCUGCGCUUUAGCCCUUCGACAUUCCCGAUAUCUUACUGCACAGGUACCCUUCAUUUAAUUUUAUAUGUAAUUUGUUGCUAGUCCAUUGAUACUGUGCAGAGUGGACUAAAAUGGAAAACGCAUUACCUCAAAAUGUUUGUGUUUACAGCAACAUGCUAUUUCGUCAUGACACCUCAGCAUUUCUAGUUUGUAACCGUCCACCUGUAACUGGAAUUUUUUUUUUUUUUUUUUGUAAGGUGUUUACUGGCUUUGAAAGGGCACACUUUCACAUUAGCGUGCACUAUGUUGAUAGAAAGACCCGAUUAGCUGCUAAAGAACAAGUACUCGAAUCGUUGAUUUGUGGAGCAUACUGCGGUGUGGGUGUAUUGACCUUACACUCUGCUCAUCUCGACACCCCCCCCCCCCACACACACACACACACACACACACCGAUCAGCCUCUUAAUAAUGUAUCAGUAUCUGCGGACUAAGAGUCUCUGGAAUGGACGUGCAGGGUCUCUGCUGGUGAAUAAUUGAGGGCCGUUUGCAGACUCACUCGACAUGCUAAAGGUGUAUGUGUACUCACAUCCACACAUGCAUACAUGCACACACACCACAUUCUGGACUUUAGAAGGAAAAACAAAAUACAUCCCUACAUUGGCAUUAGUUAGACGAGGUUUUUUUGACCCACUGUGGCAUUUGGCAGCACCCAGGCUGAGCUCUCUUUAUCUCCCCUCUUCAGAGAGCUUGUAUUCAGGUCAGAGCCACCUCUGUGCACAGCGAUGGGGCUCGCAAAACUCAAAAGUGUCAUAAAGUGUAAUACAGCUGACCUCAGCACUCACAACCUUGCAGUCUUAAUGUACAGCAGUGAGGGAAAAUAAACUGUUAUUUUAUGAUCUUUUCAUUAAAAGCUUGAUUGAAAACCA